AUGUGUGGGUUUUUUUUUUUUUCCACGCUGUUUUCGCAGGACUGCCCUCAGCUCCUUCACUCGGGGGAAAUCCUCCUCCCGGCCGGCGAGGUCCGACCCAUCACGCUGAGGGCCCGAAACCUCCCGCAGCCGCAGUCGGGCCAGCGGGGCUACGAGUGCGUGGUGCACGUCCAGGGCCUCGUCCACCGCGUCACGGCGCUGCGCUUCAACAGCACCAGCGUGCAGUGCCAGAACAGCUCGUACUUGUACGAGGGGGUGAAGAUCAGUGACCUGGCGGUGGACCUCUCCAUCGUAUGGAACGGCAAUUUCAUCAUCGACAAUCCCGAGAAGAUUAAAGGUGCCUCUGCCAUCCUGCACCUCUACAAGUGCAGCGCCCAGCGGGACAGCUGCGGCAUGUGUCUGCGGGCGGACAGGAAGUUCCAGUGCGGCUGGUGCGGCGGCGAGGGCCGGUGCACCAUGAGGCAGCACUGUCCUCCCGUCUCCCCCUAUGCGAGCCGCUGGCUGGACCUUUCUGCCAGGAACGUCAAGUGCACCAACCCACGCAUCACUGAGGUGAGUCCAGUGGCGGGACCUCUGGAGGGGGGCACGCUGGUCACCAUCCAGGGCCUGAACCUGGGUCUGUCCUUCUCUGAGCUGGAGGGCAACGUGGAGGUGGCGGGUGUGCAGUGCGUCCCACAGGAGGAAGGAUACAUCACUGCAGAACAGAUUGUGUGCGAGAUGGCCGCGGCUCCUAAAAGAAGUGCCCCGGGUCCCGUGAAGCUGUGCGUCGGCGAAUGCAGACCCGAACUCCGCGCCCAGUCCUCCCAGCUCUACUCCUUUGUGACCCCGUCGAUGCUGGCGCUGACCCCAGGCAGGGGCCCCGAAUCCGGGGGCACCAAGGUCACCAUUGUCGGGGAGAACCUGGGCGCCGGCAGCACUGCUAACGUGCACUUUGGUAAUCAGACCUGUGAGCUGUACAGGAGGACCGCGUCGGAGAUCGUGUGCUUCUCGGCACCGUCUGUGACGAGAGCCGGACCGGUGCAAGUCAGUCUGAGCGUCGACCGGGCCGAAGUACACGGGAGUCUGGCCUUCGAGUACAUAGAAGACCCCACAGUGCAGCGCAUUGAACCCCUGUGGAGCAUCACCAGCGGACACACCACGCUGACGGUGACGGGGACCAACCUGGACGUGGUUCAGGAGCCGCGCGUCAGAGUCAAAUACGGCGGCCAUGAAUCCGUCAACGUGUGCAAAGUGCUCAACACAACCACCAUCAGCUGCUUCGCCCCGUCUCUGAAGGCCGAGCCCACCGCCGACCAGGAGACCAUCAAGCACGCGGACGAGUUCGGCUUCGUCUUCAACAACGUCCACGCGCUGCUCACCUACGGCAACACCAGCUUCGUGUACUACCCCAACCCGUACCUGGAGCCCCUCAGUCUCACCGGGGUUCUGGAGCAGAAACCCGGAGCUCCAAUCAUACUCAAAGGACGCAACCUCGUGCCGUCGGCGUCCGGCGGAGCCCGGCUGAACUACACGGUGCUGAUCGGAGAGACGCCCUGUUCCCUCACCGUGUCCGACACCCAGCUGCUCUGCGAGCCUCCGAACCUCACCGGGCAGCACAAAGUCCUGGUCCAAGUAGGAGGACUCCACAUCUCUCCGGGAGAGGUUCACAUCCGGUCGGACAGCCUGCUCACCCUUCCCGCCAUCUUCAGCAUCACGGCCGGAGGGGGGCUGCUCCUCGUCAUCGUCGUCAUCGUCCUGCUGGCCUACCGACGGAAGUCCCACGAGAACGACCUCACCCUGAAGCGCCUGCAGAUGCAGAUGGACAACCUGGAGUCCCGAGUGGCUCUGGAGUGCAAGGAAGCCUUCGCAGAGCUGCAGACGGACAUCAACGAGUUAACGAGCGAUCUGGACCGGGCUGGCAUCCCCUACCUGGACUAUCGCACUUACGCCAUGAGGGUCCUCUUCCCCGGCAUCGACGAUCACCCGGUGCUCAGAGAGCUGGAGGUGCCGGGGAGCGGACAGGCGAAUGUGGAGAAAGCCCUGAAGCAGUUCGCUCAGCUGGUGAACAACAAGGUUUUCCUGCUGACAUUCAUCCGCACACUGGAGCUGCAGCGCUCCUUCUCCAUGCGCGACCGCGGCUACGUCGCCUCGCUCAUCAUGACGGCGCUGCAGGGCCGGCUGGAGUACGCCACGGACAUCCUCAAGCACCUGCUCUCCGAUCUUAUAGAGCGGAACCUGGAGAGCAAGAACCACCCCAAACUGCUCCUCCGCAGAACGGAGUCGGUGGCGGAGAAGAUGCUGACAAAUUGGUUCGCCUUCUUGCUACACAAAUUUCUCAAGGAGUGCGCCGGCGAGCCUCUCUUCAUGCUGUUCUGUGCCAUCAAACAGCAAAUGGAGAAGGGACCCAUCGACUCCAUCACCGGAGAGGCGCGCUAUUCCCUGAGCGAGGACAAGCUCAUCCGACAGCAGAUUGAGUACAAGACGCUGACGCUGAGCUGUGUGAACCCAGACAAUGAGAACAGCCCAGAAAUCCCUGUCAAGGUGCUCAACUGUGACACCAUUACCCAGGUAAAGGAGAAGAUCCUGGAUGCCGUGUACAAGAACAUGCCCUACUCACAGCGACCGCGGGCUGCGGACAUGGAUCUCGAGUGGCGGCAGGGCAGGACGGCUCGCGUGGUCCUGCAGGACGAGGACAUCACCACCAAGAUAGAGAGCGACUGGAAGAGGCUCAACACACUCAUGCACUACCAGGUGUCGGAGCGCUGCGUGGUGGCCUUGGUGCCCAAGCAGAUGUCCUCCUUCAAUAUUCCCUGCUCAGCCAGCUUCCCACGCAGCAUCAGCCGAUACGGCGUGGACGUUCCCUUCCGCUCCACGCCCACCAGCCCGGACAGCCCCCACUCCCGCGUGCCCAUGCUGACCCCCGACCUGGAGAGCGGCGUCAAAGUGUGGCACUUAGUCAAGAACCACGACCACGGGGACCAGAAGGAGGGCGAGCGCGGCAGCAAGAUGGUCUCCGAGAUCUACCUGACGAGGCUGCUGGCCACGAAGGGCACGCUGCAGAAGUUUGUGGACGACCUGUUCGAGACCCUGUUCAGCACCGUGUGCCGGGGCACCGCCCUGCCGCUCGCAAUCAAGUACAUGUUCGACUUCCUGGACGAGCAGGCCGACAAGCACGGCAUCCACGACACGGACGUGCGUCACACCUGGAAGAGCAACUGCCUGCCCCUGCGCUUCUGGGUAAAUGUGAUCAAGAAUCCCCAGUUUGUGUUCGACAUCCAUAAAAGCAGCAUCACGGACGCCUGUCUGUCUGUGGUGGCCCAGACCUUCAUGGACUCCUGCUCCACUUCGGAGCACCGCCUGGGAAAAGACUCGCCCUCCACCAAACUACUCUACGCCAAGGACAUACCGCAUUACAAGAGCUGGGUGGAGAGGUAUUACGCUGACAUCAACCGCCUGCCUGCCAUCAGUGAUCAGGAUAUGAAUGCCUAUCUGGCUGAACAGGCCCGCCUUCACUCCAGUGAGUUCAACAUGCUCAGCGCCCUCCAUGAGAUCUACGCCUACGUCAGCAAGUACAGCCAAGAGAUCAUCGAGGCACUGGAGCAGGAUGAACAGGCCCAGAAGCAGAAGUUGGCAUAUAAAAUGGAGCAGAUCAUCUCAGCCAUGUCUAUAGAGAGCUGAGGCACACAAACACACACACACACACACACACACUACACGCAUACACAAACAAACCUUACACACACACUGUAACGUACUAUAACAGAUGUGUUAUGAACCCAUCGGCUACACGCGUGGCACGCAUAUCCACGUGAACGCACACACACACACAUUAUGUGCACACAUACAGGCACAGCUGUCCACAGGGACACCGCCGACUUAAUGGACCUACUGUAUAAACAGACUGACAAUACAUCCACAAAGAGAUUCCCACACAGUGCGUAAACACACGCACACUAAUGUACAUACACAAACCGCAGCACACGGAUCGUCCUAAAGCACGUUCUGGUUUGGGCUUUUUUUUUUUCAGAAGAAACUCCCAACCGGCAAAAAAAACAAAAACGUGUGAAACGUUCCUAUAAAGAUAGAGAGACUAAGAGGAUUUGGAGCCAAUUCUUUUUUUUUCCGCCGGGUACCAGUUGGUCUCACGGCGCGUCUGCGUGUAGCAUAACUGGAGCUCUGAGGAGAACCGCACUUAAAUAAAGAAUGACUCGACGUGAAAAGCCACCGGAGGAGUUCGACAAAAGACUGCAGCCGACUU